AUGCCAUAUUUAAAACCCGCCAUACUGAGAAAUAUGCUGGAAAGCAAACGUGAUACCAAAGAGGAACAGGUAAAAAAAAUCAGAGAGGCAUUUGACCUCUUUGACGAAGAUGGAACUAGGACAAUCAGUGUUAAGGAUCUCCAGAUUUCCAUGAGACCUCUGGGUUUCAAACCGGACCCAGAAGAGAUCAACAAAUUGAAAUUUGAACUUGACAAAGAGGGGACUGGCAAAAUCCAUUUCAAUGAUUUCUUCACUCUGAUGACCAAAAAAAUGGCUGAAAGGAAUGCUGAGGAAGAAAUUCAGAAGGCUUUCAAUUUUUUUGAUGAUGAUAAUACAGGAAAAAUCUCCCUGAAAAACUUAAAACGUGUGGCCUCUCAGCUAGGGGAAAAUGUUAGUGAGGAGGAGCUGCAGGAAAUGAUUGAUCAUGCUGAUCUAGAUGGAGAUGGAGAAGUUGAUCCACAAGAAUUCCUGAGUGUCAUCAAAAAAGCCAGGAAGUUUUGA